CUCAAACACGCCGGGAACGAAGUAGACGAAACCGAGGGUCGCCUUUCAAACUAACUGUCACUAGCCAGGAAAUACAAUACAAUAACCCCUCUCUCCCCUUUGCUGUCUUAUCAUCAUCACCUUUGUCUUCAUUCGUCAAUUUGAACCCUCUCCUUACCUCACAGCUUCAUCUCAGGAACCGGAAAACGAAACGCCGCGGCAGAAAAUGGGAGUUAUUGAUCAUCUCUCCGAUGUCUUCGACUGCUCUGUUGGCGACUCUAAGCACAAGAAACGAAAGCAGUUGCAGACUGUGGAGGUAAAAGUGAAGAUGGACUGCGAGGGGUGCGUAAGGAAAGUGAAGAAGUCAGUUGAGGGGAUGAAAGGGGUGAGCUCAGUGCAGGUUGAUCCGAAGCAGCACAAGCUCACGGUUACGGGGUAUGUAGAGCCCGAGAAGGUAGUGGCCCGUGUGGCCCAUCGCACCGGAAAAAAGGCGGAGAUUUGGCCGUACGUUCCUUAUGACGUGGUAGCACACCCGUACGCACAAGGGGUGUAUGACAAGAAAGCCCCCGCCGGGUACGUACGCAGGGUCGAAGAUAAUAACCCGCAAGCAUACCAGCUUGCCCGAGCCUCCUCCACCGAAGUUCGCUACACGACGGCGUUUAGUGAUGAGAAUACUAAUGCUUGUGUUGUCAUGUGAUUCUUCUACACACCAAUUUAAUUUAAUAUAUAUAUAUAUAUAUAUAUAUAUAUAUAUAUAUAUAUAUAUAUAUAUAUAUAUAUAUAUAUAUAUAUAUAUAUAUAUAUAUAUAUAUAAGUCUAUCUUUCAUAAAGAAGUCACUUUGUUUGUGUUUGGCUGUGGUGAAGUUAAUUCAACUUGUUGCAGCUAAGGUUCGGAUGGAAGUUGUUGGCUUGAUAUUUUGUUAAACUAUGGACUCAUGAUACAAGCAAGGGCUUCAUUUGUUAUUUCACUUGAUUAUAGUGAUGUUUGCAAAAUUGUACUCCGUAUUCAGUUUGUUUUACUUCCCUGUCCAUAACUUCAUAAGCAUUUAAUACUUCGAAUCUCUUUAGUUACGACGGAAUAGGCUUGAUGCUUUACAACCCGUUUGGUAGCACGAAAAUCGGCUGAUUUGGUUGUUUCUGUUGAAAUUUAUGAAGUUUAGGCUAAAGUGACUGUAUUGGUUGAUUAUGAUGAUUUAAGAGAAAAAAAUUAAAAUAUACUCCUUCCGUCUCGCAA